CAUACUCGCACGGCAGGAUUUAUUUUAGGAAUUCGUUGAAUAUGUGGCCAAUUGCAUUCCUCCUACUCUUGCUAUGUUCCAAUGCCGAUGCUCGCCCUAUAGGAAGUGUUCGUAAUCGAAUAAAUAUCCGUACCCGAAGUCCUGAUGGUCGUACUCAAAGUCCUGAUAUGGUAAAUCGUCCUAGUAUUUUUGAAUAUCCUGAUCCGGUAUACAGUCCUACUGUUUUCAAAUAUGAUCGAAAAUCAACUCAAGAGGAGCAGGGUUUCUUGAAGUGCAUAAAACGAUGCUGGGAAGGACGCGAAGAAAUAACGAACAUGUGCAAUUGUAUAGCAAAACGUUGCAUUGGAAAGCGGAACGAAAAACACACACACCAAGCUUGAUUGAGCGCACCAAGUUUGUAGA